AUGGCGGAGAGGGUCUUCACAACGUCCCUGUUAACGCUGAGACACAAGAGGCCCAAAGGAAGGAUACAAACCAAAGAUUCAGGUCUCCUUCAGCUACCAUUCUCCACGGGGCUGAUCGGAAGUCUCCACACGGACACAAUGGAUCCGGACAUCAGCCACAAUCCCAAAGGAGCCAUAUAUCCUGAUCGGAUCAGACAAUCCAUUCCUCAUCACACCUAUCAAGAGAGUCCAAUGUGGUCCAAAGGGAUCACCAGCUGUGGUGAAGACAAGGCUUGGAUGGGCUCUACAAGGACCUACUUCCCUUGGUACAAGGCCUUUGUAGCUAACAGGAUAGUGGAGAUUCUUGAACUGACCUCAGCCAAUGAAUGGAGACGUUUUGUGGCACGUAGAGGACGUCCAUACGAGCUCCUUUCUGACUCUGGCACUAACUUCAAAGGAGGAGACAGAGAGCUGAGAGAUGCAUUCGCAACCAUGAAUCCGCACCUGAGAGAACAGCUGAUUUCACUCGGGCCUACCGUAAGCCCAUACAAGCGCUCCGAAGCAUUCUCUGUAAAGGCGCCCUCAGCAGACGUCAAGCUGGCGACCGUAGCAGGAAAGAAGGGCAAGAAGGCCGAGGAGGAGGAGCAGCCGGCAGCAGCACCUCCUGCAGCUGCUGCUGCAGAAGCAGCAGCGGCACCACCAGCACCAGCAGCAGCCGCCGUCACAGCGGGACCAGCAGCAGCAGCAGCAGCCGAGGAGGAGGAAGAGGAGGAGUAUGUGGUGGAGAAGGUUUUGGACCGCAGAGUCGUGAAGGGAAGAGUAGAGUUUUUGCUGAAAUGGAAGGGGUUCUCAGAUGAAGAUAACACAUGGGAGCCGCAAGACAACCUGGACUGCCCCGACCUUAUCGCCGAGUACAUGCAGAAACACAAGGAGAAGGAGGAGAAAAAGAAGGAAGGCAAGAGGAAAGUUGUCAGUGAGGCCUCGGGAGACUCAGAGGAGCGAGGGAGCAAGAGGAAGAAGGAGGAGGGUGAGAAGGCCCGAGGUUUUGGCAGAGGUCUGCAGCCAGAGAGGAUUAUUGGAGCGACAGACUCCAGUGGAGAGCUGAUGUUCCUCAUGAAGUGGAAGAACUCGGACGAGGCCGACCUGGUCCCAGCCAAGGAGGCCAACGUCAAAUGUCCCCAGGUGGUCAUCUCUUUCUAUGAGGAGCGCCUCACCUGGCACUCCUACCCCACAGAGGAGGAGGAGAAGAAAGAGGAGGAGAAAAAAGACUAGAUGAGUGGUGGAGGAGGAGGAGGUGCAAAGAGGAAAAGAAAGGAGGGUGCGGGGUGGGAAAUCAACUAUUUGCUGGUGAACUGUUAAUUACUGGCAUUUGAUACUGGCAGCCACUUUGGCAGCGAGAGUGGAGAAAAUCCAGAUCGUUUGGAUUGAACUGCCAAUGUAGUUGACAGAAGAAAGCCGUUUGUUUUCCUGCCCUGGAAGGAGACUGGAGUCCUUUCCUCAAAAGAGGUUCCCACCAGUAUCUUGACUGAAAAUGUAUUUUUUGUUUUUAAGAGGUAUGUUAAAACUUAGUCUCUCUCUCUUUUUUAAUGUUUUUCCCUCAUCAAGAACAUGUCACCUUAUGGGAAAUGGUGCCUUUCUUCUGCUAGUAUUCCUCCUUGGCGUUCCCAAGCUGAAUAUUAAACUAAAUACAGUGAAAAAUGACUAUAAAAGUAUUUGUCCCCCACAUUUGGUGACAGGUGCCUGGUGUUGGAAACACAGGGUUACAACUGAAGCUGUCGAGCUACCUCUUUAACGUGUGAAGUAAGCUGAAUGUUUGGCCGUGGCUGGCAGGUUUGUCUCUCCUCCCAAUCACCAAUCCUCCUUUUACCUAGGAGAGCAUACACUUCCCAUCAUGCUUUGCCAGGAUACAUUGGAGGGAACUUCUUUUGGAAGGGAAUGAAGUGAGCCAGGGUAUUAUGGAGGAGGUAAAGAAUGGACAAAACCAUUUUUGUCUUUCAGUAUCGGUUCUCUUUGUGCCACCUGAAUUCUCAUUGUUUUCUACGUUCUUUUAAUUGAAAUUCUCAAACGCCAAACAACUGUACAUUUCCCUCUGACAUGGGCAGUUUUCACAGAGAUGAGUUGCAUCUAUACGAAAAAGGCUUUGUCCUUGCAUGUCCUACCAGCCAAUGUGGCAGCCAACCAGCCAGUGUUCAAAUGCCCCAAGCUUGUAAUUUGCUUCCUGGUCAAUUCUUUUAUUAAAACUAAUGAACAAGUCUGUGUUAUAUCCCUAUCAAUAUACCAGAACGAUUAGUUGAGGUUUUGUGCUCAUUUGAAGGAGGUUCAGAGGCAAACCUGUAGCUUUUCUGUGAAUGUAGAACUGUCAAUCCGCCGUGUUUCGUGUGACACAAUCAUGUAUUGUGUAUAUUAAUCAGGACAUUGCACUCUCAUAAUGCGCUUGAGAAAGUCUUGGUAUUUUCUUGAAAACAGUCAGGGCAGCAGUUUAUCGCGUGGAACAAGUAAGCAACUUACCAGCCCUUGUCACUUGUUGACUAGGCAGUGUUUGUCUAGUAGGAAGCCAAACAGGACUGGAAGCAAAAUGACAACUUACAGAAGUUAUUAUUCUAUAUAAGUGUACAGACUCCAGUUAAUUUCCUGUCAACUGUGGCAGUUUUGGCUCCCAAAUUUAUCAUGCUAUUUCAGCAGUUUUAUAGAAUCGUUUUUUAAUGGAACAAAGGCUGGUUGGACACCCGCCAACUUGGCCGGAAGGGCAAAAUCAGCAUCUGUCAGGUUGCAAUUUUCCACACUGAUGGUGACGGGCACACUGGAUGACAUCGGGCGAGGAGUUGCCUGCUUGAAAAAGCUGCGAUUCCCUUUUAACUUAUAGAUUAACGGGGGCCAAGCGUCGGGAAUCGACUGAGAAUGAUUCACCCACUAACACAUCGUACAGCUAGACUCUGCCAUGCUUUAAAUCUGCAGGUUUUUUCACUUCCAAACACACGUUGACGGGUGAAAACCUGCAGGCUCUCGGCCUCUCUUUAUAGUUUUCUUAUCCCUGAUGUGAACUUACCAGAGCACCGCUCUCCUGCUAAAGUAUAUUUUUUUAAUCCGUUGCUUCUGGAAAUCAGAUAACAGGGUUUUGUAAAAGCAAGCCAGAUUUAAUGUGCCCCUUUUUUUUUAUUUACAAGGUGAUCUUUUUGUUUAGGACUCCAAAUUUGCGAGAGUAGGUACACAAUGCUUGCUUAAUCUAUUGAGUUGCUGUUGCGAGCGUUUCUGAUGGGUGAUCAUCAAACAUGUUUUUCUGGGGCCGCCUUCUCUUGAUAAUGUUGUGCUCAGUGUCAAUGAGCACAAGUUUGAAGUCAACUGUCCCAUUAACAGGCGUUGGACAAGCGAACUAUCAGUGUGGGAAAUGGACAACACGUGUGUUGGUAAAUUGUCGACUUGUAGUUUGUACGUUCAUCUACUGUGCAGCCAUGUUGGCAGGGAACCACGUUUGGUUAACGGUGAAAGUGGCUGGUUAAUUCUCCUGCCACUUUGGCUGCUAGGUGGAGGUUUCCUGAGGAGACCACAGCUCUGUCACUCUGUAGAUAACACGCUCCGUAACGUAACUGGGUUUUCACUGCUAAUGGAGGAGAAGAUUGAGAGUACAGCUAAAAAUCAUAGUCAUUUCAACUCUUCUUGUUUUUAAACAUUCACACACACACACACACUCGUCUACAUGCGUGUGUUUUUCUAGGCUUUUUAUUUUAAUUUUAUUUUAGCUUGUGCUUGGCCGGGCAACACUCAAGACAUGAUUCAGCACACUUGAGAGUAUUUCUUGGUUCCUCUUGCUUGCAGACCAUUCUAUGUUUAACAUGUUGUGAUAUUUGCAUAAUAAAACCGGAGAGAACUUUUUUGAAUUCAGCAUGGUUAACAUGGCUGCUUCAUAUGGGAGUUGUUUCUCUGCUGCCUGAUGUUUCUCAGCGUUUUAUGUGUUGAUUGUAGCCCGGCUGUGCUUCUUUCUUUGUAUACUGUAUUAAAAGCUAUCAUAGUAGCUUCCUCUGUUAGCAGACCCGGGUUAGUGAGUGCAUCCCCCUAGCAGAACGGCAUUCUAAUUUCCAGUGGACAUUCUCUCUCGGCUUCACCUCGUACUGCAUUAUGUCACAAUUCGCCUACACUGCAGCGUUCCAUGUUUUCCUUUUACUUAUAAAAUGUUUUUAGUUUUAUUGAGACCUACUCCCUGGUGACAUGCUAUGGAAGACAUUUACAAACUCAUAAAGCAGCAAGCUGCAUUUAAAAACAACUGUUUUUGAAACGAGCAACCACAGGUCGUGUAACCAUAUCAAAAUUCUCUACUUUAUACAAAAAGAAAUAUACACACUUGAUGUUUUUUUUUUUGACCCGUAAUUGUCUUCUUUAGACGCUGAAUUAUGUGUUAACGUGUAGGACUAUUUCUUUUUUUUUUUUUCUUCUAAAGUAAGUUAGCCCAGCUGUAAAUAGUUUCUAGCGUUUGAAGUCAAACCUCUCUGACUCUAAAAUAGCUGUGCUAAUGCUGUCACUACUGUAGGUCAGUAUCUCUUUGCUGGUUCUAAGCCUACCCUUUCUAUUUGUCUGUUUUAACAAUAUUAAAUAUAUUAUUCAGUAAAGUUCUGAAAGGACUUCUGGCCUUUGGGACGUUCUUAUUUCUUCCCCAUAUACAUCAGUAUUAGGAGUACGAUGUCCUGCACCCUGACUGCCUUCUGUUAUACUUCACCAUUGACAGGAAGGGGUUGAAUUGGUUUCACCUGGGUCUGCUAGUUAGCUUUUCUAUAUUGUCCCUGAAACGUUUCUCUGUAUUUAGCAGAUUAGCUUGUGUUGUCCUGUUGCAUGUUUAUUGGUUUCCCUUGAAAUUACUGUCAUAGCAAAUCUACUUUUGUCUGUUUUGGAAAAUAAAGGGUUUUCGUUUUCGUAACUGUA